UAAAAGAAUCACUUAAGACGCUAAAGGUAAUAUCAACCUGAAACCGAGAUAAUAAAUGUUGCACACAAUUCACAUUUAGAAAUCGAUUAUGUUGACUGAAAAUACAAUAUAAUAAUAACUUGUUAUUAAGGUGCACACGGUAUGUGUCAACUAUAUCAGACAUUUUUGUGGUGAUAGCGUUACAUAAUUAACAGGUGUUUUGAUGGUGAUUUUUUAAUAUUGUUUUCAAUCAAUUAAGAAAAUUUUGUGCGAUUAAUUUGGAUGAACUGUUCAGAAACAAACGACUUCUGUGAGCAGUGCCGUCUGAACAGGAAUUAAGACAGAAAUAAAAGGGUGCAAAUAGUUUAUGUAUAUAUCUCUUCUACUGUCUUACCUAGACCAACGUUCAUUUUAUAAGUGGAUUAAAAAGAAGAAUACAAUUCAUGUCAAACAGUGUCAAUGUCAAAACAUAAAAUGUAAGACGAUAAACGGCAUGUAAUGGUUGGCCAAUCAUAAACAAAGUGUUAAAAUGGAGGAAAUCAUUCGAUCAGACAGCCGUAGAAACCGUGACCUCCUUGAGGUCGUGAUACAAAAGAAUGAAGAAAAAAGUGGAGAUGAUAGUCGUCAUCGUCUACCUGGCCUGUUGUCGACAGCUACUGAUGAAAUUAGUGGACCACCUAGCUUUGCAUCUAAAAGGAGUGGCGAUAUAUCAAAAGACAGAUUCAGUAAUGAGGUCGAGGACUUGAAAAUUAAUCAAAGUAUUUCCUAUAUUCAUAAAAUGAUAAACAGUCUAGGAAUUCUCUGUAUUGCCAAUUUGGUGCUUUGUGGUUUAACAUUACAGGUUAUACUCAAUAUUACUGAAAAUGAUGUUGGUCAUCCUAGAAACACUUCCCUUUUGUCAUCACCUAAGUCAUAUGCUGAUCUCCUGGAAGUGACGUCAGCUUUUGCAUCGUUUGUGUUCGCGCUUGAUAUGUGUUCUAUGAUGAUUUGUUGUAUGCAGUUUUUCUUUGCAUCUAAAAUACUCACCGUUCAAAAUGGGAAGGAAAGGGCAGCAAAAUAUUUAACAGAUUGUUCCAGUAGUCGUUUUGUAGCAAUUUUAGGUUUCUUCAUAUCCGUCCCAGCUUUUCUGAUUACAAUGAUGUGUUAUGUACUUAUGAAAAUGAGAACAACCCCAGCGAUCACAGCGGCCGUUAUAUUAUCUAUUGGAGUAGUUUUGAGUGGACUGAGUAUAUUUCAAAAUGUUUAUCAUUGGCAGGAUGAAAUCGCACGAGCCAAUGAUGGGCUUCCGGUCUAUGAAGAUUCUAAAAUACAUACGAAUAAUCAAAGACCAAAACAUGAAUUGAAUACUUUAGUAUAAUAAACUUCGAGUUUUACUUUUAGAGUGUUUGAACAGGGAAAAGGCAGUGGGUGGACGAACACGAGAUAUCAACUUCUUUGAAUAAUUAAACAAGCACUGGAUAGAUAAAACAACACAACGAAGGCACAACCUACUAUUUUAAAAGCAAUAAUUGUUUGUAAAGAAGUGCAAAAUGUGCUAUUGAAAAAAAACACAUGCGAUCGUAGACUUGAACAGCAAGAUGAUGUUAAUUGAUUUUACUCUGCAGUUUUGCACAAAAGAUAUAUUUGAACUUCACGUUAAAAUGGCAGAUAUUGAUUGAUUAUUAUUGAGGACGACAUUCUACUCUACCCUAUGGUUAUCAGUAUUCUUUUACCCUUCAUACAAAUGCUUUACAUGUAUCACUGAUGCGCUUUAUUUACUACAUGUACAUGACGUCAAAGUUUAUUACUUUUAAUUUAAAAUAAAAAAAAGAAAACAGAAAAUUCAGUAUAAGUUGAAUUACACAUAGCUGAGAGGUUGAUAUAGCAGAUAGUUGCCUCUUGAAAAAAACAUUGUUAACCUUUGACGUCGCCUCGGUUGACAAUCAUGUUUUCGCGGGGUAAGAAUUUGCUCUAUCACCCUCUCAGCUAUGUGUUAUUUAUAUAAAGAUAGAUAGAUAUUAUGUAAAUCUAAAGUAUCACCAUGAAAGCAAGCACAGGUACAUGUACAAUGAUAAACGUACGAACAUGCUCCUUAGGUAACUCAAUCCGGUAAGAUCACUGCCAACUGUUUUAAUAAAGCAAUUGUGGAUGGAAUGUAGUCAUUGAGAACGCAUACAUAAAAAGAAACCACACAGAUCAGCUUAAAACGACAAGCGUGGUACUCACUCUUUCUACACGAUUUAACGUCCUUAUUCAGACUGGACGUGAUUGCGUAUUUAUACAUCCCACACAACCAAACGGACGCCCCACUUUGGCAAGGGGUUUACUUUAUAAAGAAAAAAAAACAAAAGUUAACACAUUUCUAUACCCCAGUCACCUUUGGGGUGAAGAAAAUUUGGAAUUUGAAGAACAGUUUCUCGUUGUAAGGGAAAAUGUCCAGUCUGCAAUAUACUCUCCGAAACGGUCAAAACUGAAAAGAUUUCAUUUACAAUAUAAAAAAAAACUUAUUUUAUCCAAGAAUGUUGGUUUCUAUUUACACCGAAUUUGAAUUUAAAGAUCGAAAAACUUUAUAAAAAAAUGAAAGUCAAAAUAUCCAUAGUAAAAUUGUUCAAUCGAUACUAUUUGGUUCUUUAUUAAAUACUUUAUUAAGAUUGUUAAACUCAAUAAAAACGGAUGGCAUUUGCCGUCAGAAUGGA